AUGGCAUGCGAUUUAGAAAAAAUUGAGCAGAAGGAGAGGGAGCAGCCCAAUGUUGUUAUUCAGUUAAAUUCUCUGGGGCUUGAUGAAUUGAUAUCACUAACGUUGAAAUUGGAAGAGGAAUGGAAGCUAAUAAAAAAGAAUUACUCCAUCUUGGAAGGCGCAGUGGUGACUUACGACAAGUGCAAAAACUCUGUUGAGCAACUAAACCCCACCAAGUUCGAAGCGAAGAAUUUCAAUGCCUUUAUGAAUGAGUUGGAGAGAUCCGAAUUAAUCAAACUUUGCAACAAGGAACAAGCCACUGGCAGGACACUUCCGAGCGAAGGUGGAGAACCCAAAGGGAAGGAGACCCUACAGCAGCUCGACACGUUAGUUCAUCAGAUGGACAUUGACAAGAACAAUGCACAGGCGGAACAGAAAGGGCUAGAUGUCCAUAUCCCCUUGACAUCACUCGUUUAUAUCCCAGGCAAAAUCGUCGACACGGAGAACUUCCUCAUUCGCAUGGGGACCAACUACUACGUCCAGAGGAACGCCAAGCAAACCAUCGAAUACUUCAAUAACAAAAUAGGAAAACUAAAUGAACAAAUAAGGAAGCUCAAAGUCACCCUUAUAGAGAAAAAAAAUGAAAUAGAUCUUUGCAAAAAUUACAUACAGCUCAAGAGGCAGAUGCAAAUGACUGCUGGUGGAGGUGCAACUGUCGGUGCAAAUGCGAACGUGCAGGCGGCCAUUCCGCGGUCUGGCAAUCCGUAG